AUGAUUUGCCUGUACGCAGAAACGCAUUUGUCCACUUUUACAUUGAUCCUCUACGCUUGUGUAUGGAUCCCGUUUCUCCAAAUAGCGCAGGCUUUUGUAAGAUUCUUCACCUUCCUAAUCGACCCGCACCGUCAAGCCUGCAGCAGCAGCUAUGAUGAGAACCCGGACUGGGAGCUGGAUCUUCCAGUCUCCCAGUUUCAAGAACUAGAGCUGAUGAUGGGCAACAAGAAUGGAGGAGAAGUGAGUUGUGACGCUCAUGAGGACGAAAUGUGCUCGAUUUGCUUGACUGAGUUCGAGAAAGAGGAAUUGGUGAACAAACUGCCGAAAUGCGGGCACGUAUUUCACGUGGGGUGCCUGGAGAAAUGGCUGGACAGAUGCCAGUUCACCUGCCCGCUUUGCAGGUCUAUGCUGUUGCAUGUUCGUUCUUCCUCCCCAUGCAAAACAUCAUGGGCUUCUUCUUCUCCCAUCUGUAUCAAUCUGCCCCCUAAUUGA